AUGAUGUUCGGUUGGGGUCGCGGCAACGACUCGCCGGAGCAGCUUGCUGCAACGUCUGAGGCCGGCGGGGACGCGCGUUUGACUCCUGGCCUGGCCGCCAUGUCUGCUGGAUCUGGUGCCGUCGGCUGGGCACCCCUUCCAGUCGGCAAUGAUACGCCCCGCAACAAGCAGCAGGGACAGCCACAGCCCUUCAAGCUGAAGGCUCAUGACGUCAAGACAUACUUGCAGGACCGCAGCACAGCGGUGGUGGACUUGUGCAGUCACGUGGACGCCCCCGCGGAUGUGAUAUUCGACCUGCUGGCAGACCCGCACCAGCACGAGAGGAUAUUCGAUGCCAUCGAGUCCGCCAGUGCCGAGCUGGUUUCGGAGGAGGGUCCCGUUCGGAAGUGGCGGCUGGACUACCGGGCGAGGUGGAGGUUCUGGAAGGUUGGCGGCGUGUGUGACAACAGGUUGUGGAUGACGACCGAUCGGGAGCUAGGAACGGUGUCCUUCGUCCUGCGGGAGCCCGGGUUCCUCCGCAAGUACGAGGGCACCUGGACCAUAACCGGACCCGACGGCAGGGGCCCCGGAGCCGGAAGCCGAGGUGCACCUGGGGGCCCAACUCGCUCCAGGGGGCCAGCCGCCGCCGCCGCCGCUGCCGCCGCCGUCGCCGCCGACGGUGGAGUCGCCAACGCCACCAGUGACCAAGCGGACGCCGUUGGGGAUCUGAGCCGCCUAAGACUGAGGCGAGAAGCGGCGGGCUUGGCGCCCCCGUCACCCUCCGCCUGCAGCGACACCUCCUCGGAGCCCCGCUCACAUGCCUUGAGGCUGUCCUCCAGAUGCAGCAGCGCGGGCAGUUUAACCAGCAGUAGCAGUAGCGGCAGUUUGGAACGCUGCAGCGCGGGGAGCGCAUCUGCAGGCCGUAGCAGCAGCAGUAGCAGCGGCAAUAAUGGUGGGGGCGUCGGCGAUUUUGCUGGGAUGUUCGCUGCCAUAAACAACCCCUUCACGACGACAACGGCGACGACGGCGCUGCCGCCGCUUCUUCUGACGAUCUUUCGCAGCGUGCCAGGCAGUGCUGCCGCCACCUCCGCCGCCUCCGCCGGUGCGGGUGUUGGUAUUGGUGUUGGCGCCACUGGUUUCGGGGCCUCCCAUGCGGCGCAGUGCGCAGUGCAGCCACCGCUGACGCAGCAGCGGCUGCAGGCGCCUCCCCUCUACCCCACGACUAUCCGGGUCCGCAAAGCCAUCUCGCCGAAGGUCAGCCCGCCGUACCCCAUUAACCAGGUGCUCAAGGGCCACGCUGCGGGCCAGGUUAAUGACAUGCUGCAAGGCCUGCUGGUGGCUACAGCUCGGAAAAUCGAGGAGGAGGAGCAAGUACUGCUGGGGCUGGGGCCGGGGCCGGGGUUCAAGGGCUGGUGA